CUCUAGCAAAGACAUAACGGCUUGACUAUCGACUAUCCUUUUAUAUCUACCCCGGAUCUUCUGCCACACACCACUUUUCUACCUUUCUGGCGUUGCUUAUACUGGGCAUAUACAACUCGAUUUCUGGCGCCGAAAAGUCCAACCUAGAGUGUCCUUCGAACAACAAAGAAGGAAGACGGCCAGCAUACCCAGGAGCGGCGAGCGGGUUCGCACUCUUUCACCAUGCCAAUCAAGUCCAAUUUCCCCGAUGUCAACCUCUCGGUCACUGACGUCUUUUCUCUUCUGUUUAAUCGAAAAGAUAGGCCUUUUCCCGAGACUCAAGUGAUUUUUCAAGAUGCCGAUCAUCUCGAAAGGCAAUAUACCUAUGCUCAACUCAAGCAGCUGAGUACCGAUUUCGGUAAAGGACUGAAGUCAGACUUUGGCUUCCGGAAAAGCGAUGUACUUGCUCUGUACGUUCCCAAUGACAUCGACGUCGGCCCUGUCGUCUGGGGUGCUUUGUGGGCUGGCGGCGUUGUUUCCCCGGCAAAUCCAGGUUACACCGUUCCUGAACUCGUCUACCAAUUGAGAGAUUCCGGUUCGAAACUGCUCGUCACGCAUAUAAGCGCACUCGAGAAUGCAAAGAAGGCAUGCAAGGAAGUCGGUAUCCCGGAGUCCAACAUACUUCUUCUAGGCAAAGAUGGUGAUCCAAGUCGGAAAUUCAAGCACUGGAAGUCGGUCCGCAACCAUGAUGGCACCUACCGCAUGAGGACGCCCAAGAUCUCGCCAAAAACCGAUUUGGCGUUUCUCGUAUAUUCUUCGGGCACGACUGGUCGCCCCAAAGGCGUCAAACUAACGCAUCACAAUAUGACGUCCAAUAUCGAACAGAUUUGGUCCGCGGAACCUCAUCUGACACACGACGGGUCUGGAAGGGUACCAGGCAUUCCUGAUGCACCGGAGGGCAAGGGCGACAAAGUCCUUGCGUGUUUACCUUUCUUUCACAUCUAUGGAUUGAACUGCCUCGUUCACUUGCCGGUCUAUACUGGUGUGCAUACGCUUGUGCUUGCCCGGUUCGACCUGGAGAAAUGGUGCCGUCUAGUCCAAGAGCAUCAAGUUACAUUCAGCUACAUUGUACCGCCGAUCGUACUAUUGCUGUGCAAGCAUCCCGUCGUGGACAACUACGACCUCAGCUCGCUUCGGAUGACCAAUUCAGGCGCAGCACCGCUUACGCGUGAUCUGGUCGAGGCGCUUUAUAAGCGGAAAGGUUUGCGUGUCAAGCAGGGAUACGGUCUGAGCGAGACCAGUCCUACGAUCUUCAUGCAGCGUUGGGAAGAUUGGAUGAGUGCGGUCGGAUCUACAGGCCAGAUGGUACCGAAUCUUCAAGCCAAGUUCUGCGCCGUCCCUGGCCCUGGAGAAGAGUCCGAUGGAAGUAAGGAGCUACCCCUAGGCGAGACGGGCGAACUCUACGUCAAGGGACCGAAUGUCUUCACAGGCUAUCACAACAACCCCUCUGCGACUGCGGAGUGUCUAGAAGACGGUUGGUUCCGGACUGGCGAUGUGGGUUUUCUGGAUAAGGACGGCAACUUGACCAUUACCGACCGCGUCAAGGAGUUGAUCAAGUACAAGGGAUUUCAGGUGCCGCCAGCCGAAUUGGAGGGCUAUCUGGCUAGUCAUGACAAGGUUGAUGAUGUCGCUGUGGUUGGCGUUGAAAGUGUUGAGCUUGGUACAGAGGUCCCGCGCGCCUAUGUUGUGCGGAAGGGCGGCAUGAGCGCUGUUCAACCCAACGACGCCGAGGAGAUUAUCAAGUGGAUGAACAAUAAGGUGGCAAAUCAUAAGAAAUUGCGUGGUGGUAUCAAGUUUGUGGAUGCUGUGCCAAAAAGCGUGUCAGGCAAGAUCCUACGAAGAGUACUGAAGGAGCAAGCGAAGAAGGAGUUUAAAGAAGAGGAGGAAGAGAGGGCGAGGGCGAAGAGGGCGGGCAAGCCGAAGCUGUAAUUAGUCUAGAAGUGAGGUUAUUCAGCUGCAGCGUGUACCUGGG